AUGGCCGACGAAAAGCCGAAGGAAGGAGUCAAAACCGAAAACAACGACCACAUUAAUUUGAAGGUGGCAGGGCAAGAUGGUUCAGUGGUGCAAUUUAACAUUAAGAGGCACACACCACUUAGUAAACUAAUGAAAGCCUAUUGUGAACGACAGGACACACCUGCACAGUUGCAAAUGGAGGGUGAAGAUACAAUUGGUGUAUUCCAGCAGCAGACAGGAGGCGCUUACUAAAAAGAAUCUACAACUCUUCUCCAGAACUGUGCU